GAGAUUAAUACUCUUGCUCUGCACGUGGCAGAGAUCUUUUCCAGCUCAGUCUCAUCACCAGCCAUAAAGCUGCAAAACAAGAAUAGAGGCUUUAUCAUCCUUUUGGAUUGUUUUUCCCUCCUUACAACACUGAGCUGUUUUAGCCUUGCCUGAAAUCUUUCUACUCUGUUAUCAAACUGACCCUCUUUUUGCACAAGCUUUCCCAGACACUGUCCAAACACUUUCUAUCAGCGUUGUUUGUGCAUGAGCAAUGCAUGGAUGAGAAGCCCCAUCUGUUUCUCCCCUCCUUCCCUGAAGUGCAGCACAACAUUGCUGCUACCUAAUUUCUUGUUUGAGUGUUUGGAGUGCUCUGCUGCUUUGGAGGUCUGUAUAGUGCCCACCUCAGCUUUGUGCUGCUCUUUAAGGCAGGAAUGUCCUUGUCAUCCCUUUCAGCACUGCGGACUGAGAUCUUCCACUACAUUGACGCACAUCAAAGUGACUUCAUUGAGAAUCUCAAAGAAUGGGUGGCUGUGGAAAGUGAUUCUGUGCAACCAGACCUGAGGAAAGAGGUGAUACGAAUGAUGUCAUUGGCAGCAGCCAGGCUUGCAGCUUUGGGAGCCACUGUUAAUUCAGUAAGCCUGGGGUCACAGCAGUUGCUGAAUGGCCAGCACCUUCCACUGCCACCUGUCAUUCUUGGUGAACUUGGCAAGGAUCCCCAGAACCUCACAAUCUGUUUCUAUGGCCACGUGGAUGUGCAGCCUGCCAAAAAGGAAGAUGGCUGGAAAACUGACCCUUUCACAUUGACUGAAAUCAAUGGAAAUCUCUAUGGGCGUGGAGCAACAGAUAAUAAAGGACCUGUGUUGGCUUGGAUAAACGCAGUGGGAACUUUUAGAGCCUUGAAAAGAGCUAUGCCAGUAAACUUCAAGUUUGUUAUUGAAGGCAUGGAGGAAGCAGGGUCUUUGGGGCUGGAGAAGCUUCUUGAAGAAGAAAAACAGGGCUUUUUCUCAGACGUUGAUUACAUUGUGAUUUCGGACAACCUCUGGCUCAGCAAGAAGAAGCCCGCCCUUAUAUACGGGACUCGGGGCAAUGCCUGCUUCUGUGUGGAGGUGGAAGGUGGUGACAAGGAUCUUCACUCUGGAACUUUUGGAGGCAUCAUUCAUGAGCCGCUGACAGACCUGAUAGCUCUGCUGGACAGCCUUGUAGAUCCCACAGGUCAUAUUCAGAUCCCUGGAAUCUAUGACGCUGUUGCUGUCCUGACAGAUGAGGAGAAGAAAUUGUAUGAAUCCAUUGAAUAUGAUAUAGAGGAACACAAAAAUAAUAGUGGAGUGAAAAAACUCCUCUAUAGCACCAAGGAAGAAAUACUUCUACACCUGUGGCGUUAUCCUUCUCUCUCUAUUCAUGGGAUUGAAGGAGCUUUUCAUGAACCAGGAAUCAAAACAGUAAUUCCAGCAAAAGUCAUUGGGAAAUUCUCAAUCCGCCAAGUCCCCAACAUGGAUCUUUCAGAUGUACAUCAACGGGUGGUGGACCAUUUGGAGAAUGUAUUUGCCAAGAGGAACAGUCCAAACAAACUGAAGGUGUCCAUGCCCCUGGGUGCUCAGCCUUGGGUCGCUGAUGUUAAUGAUCCACUAUAUAAAGCAGCAAAAAGGGCAAUAAAAACAGUUUUCGGAGAAGAUCCAGAUUUUAUUCGGGAUGGUUCAACAAUUCCUAUUGCCAGAAUCUUUCAGACUAUAACGCAGAAAAGGGUGAUAAUGUUUCCGAUCGGAGCAGCUGAUGAUGGGGAACACUCCCAGAAUGAGAAAAUAAGCAGAUUCAACUACAUUGAAGGAACAAAAGUGUUUGCAGCCUUUUUCCUGGAGAUAGCAAAGUUACGUGGGCAGUCGCAUGAAACUUCCAACCCAGGGACCAACAACUGAUAGACCCUCACAACCAAAUUAUUUAAGCACAUUUUAGUUCUUAUGCUUUGUAAACUCCUGGUCUGGAAAAACACAUAAAUCACAUGUUCUAUGGGCCUGAAUGUGAGGAAAAAUAAAUACUAUGCUAUUUUUUGGCGUAUCACUAAAUGAUAUGCAUUUGUUAUUCAGUCCGUAUAAUGAACUUAUCCCUGAUGCUAUGAAACAGAGUUACACAGAAUUCAUUCCUACAAAGUGGAAUGUGUUACAUUUCAAAAUUCAGAGCCAAGGGAAUUUUGACAUUUAUUUUAUUAAAACUAUUUUAUUUCUCUUCUAUAGUAUGCCGGUGUUUAUGCCACCUACCUCAUAUUUCAGUUUCUGAAUUCAUGCGAUUCACACCACUUGUUUCCUUCUGCCCAUAUGCAGUAUCUCACUAUGGACCUUUAUGAAUGAAGAUACACUGUUAUGUUAACCUUGUCCUUUGCAGAAGUCUUUAAAUAGGAAGAGCAACAUAGUCUACUGAAUUUGAUUCAAAGACUUGCCUAUGAACAUUUAUUUCUUAGAAUAAUUGUUACAGUGAAUAAAUAUUUCCAGGUCUGAGUUCUGUUCUUCCUCCAUUUAGUUCAAAUUUCUUCUUCUUGUGCUGUGAGCACACUAUUAAGAAUCACUACAUAAUAUGUGUUUCUUUAAUGUCAUGUUCUUUGUUGUCAUUGUACAAAAAGUUUGUUGUAAAUGUGCCUUGGCCAAAGUCAGCCACCAGAAGGAUGUUUUCUCCACCAAAUCAGCUACUAUUAGUUACUUCUAAAGCAUCAGUUCAUGUUGAUAAUUAAAUUGAAUGUGUAUGAGAUAUUUUGAAAUUAAAGUAAUAGUUGAGAGUUC